GAGCAAAUAAACAUAACGCUAGGUUUAAUAAAUAUCAGUUCCACACAAAAGUGUUUUACUAGAGAUUUAACAUACGUUAUUGAUCUGUUGGACGGUAUAUACGUUAAUGUAAACUUAAACGACUUAAGUUGGAAAAUAAAGCAAACUGGCAAAUUAGGGUUCAGGAACGGUUGCCAACGGGCUGACCGAGAACGGCAAACAUCUGUGGAUGGGUGCGAAAAAAACAAAACUUGGUCCAGUAAAGGAACAAGAAACAGAUUUAAACAAAGGUGUAAUAGAGACUAAACAUUUUGACCAAAUGGAAGAAGUUCAUAGCGAUGCAAAUAACUCUUCAAAAGUCACUCCAUUGGGGAAAGAUUUUAUGGAUGCCAGAGGAAAAAUGUUUCCAUCCCCCGUGCAAGGGGAAGUGGGCAUCGACCGCAUGGAAGAAAAUGGAAGAGGAAAAGAUACCCAGAGUACGCGAACAACAAACGUUUCCCUUUUCGCUCACGAUGUUCCAAGCGAGACAAUGAACAGUGGCAAUCAGAUUUCUUCAGUGGAAACGAUUACAAAUGGGAACGGCCAUGAAGAUGCAAUAAAAGCUUUUAAAGAAAACAAAUGUUCGGACAGUGCACAACACUCCCCUAUCCAAAGAACAGCGCGUACAGACGCAUUCAUGCAGACAUCAGAAAAAACCAACCUAGGAAACAAACAAAAGUGUAACGUUCAAACAGAGCCAACCACGAACAAAAUAACACGUAUCCUGAUCGGAUCGAACAGAGACAUUGUUGAUGAAGAUAAGAAAUCAGAAGACAAACACACCGAACAUAAACCAGUCGCCGAACACGAAACACCCAAAAUAAAAGAAGCAGCGGCAACACGAAAAAAGAAGAAAACGAUAGAUGCGAAAAAAACAAAACUUGGUCCAGAUAAGGAACAAGAAACACAUUCGAACAUAGGUGUAAUAAAGACUACACAUUUUGACAAAAAAGAAGAAGUUCCUAGAAUUGGCGAUGCACAUAACUCUUCAAAAGUCACUCUAUUUGGGAGAGAUUUUACGGAUGCCAAAUCAAGAAAAUUUCUAUCUCCCGUGCCAGCUCACGAUGUUCCAAGCGAGACAGUAAACAGUGGAAAUCAGAUUUCUUCAGUGGAAACGGUUACAAAUGGGAACGACCAUGAAGAUGCAAUAAAAGCUUUUAAAGAAAACAAAUGUUCGGACAGUGCACAAUACUCCCCUAUCCAAAGAACAGCGCGUACAGACGCAUUCAUGCAGACAUCAGAAAAAAACAACCUAGGAUGCGAUAACAAACAAAAUUGUAACGUUCAAACAGAGCCAAGCACGAACAAAAUAACACGUAUCCUGAUUGGAUCGAACGGAGACAUUGAUGAAGAUAAGAAAUCAGAAGACAAACACAUCGAACAUAAACCAGUCAACGAACAGGAAACACCCCCAAAACAAGAAAAAGCAGAGGAAAGACGAAAAAAGAAGAAAAAGAACCCUUUAAAACGAGAAUCUGAAAAGAGAAAACUUAAAGUCAAAGUAAGCGAGCUGCAACAAAAAUUGAUAACUCAUGAAAAAGAAAUAGAAGACUUAAAAACAAGAUUGAGCAGAGUUCUGGGAGAUCGACUCACCGACAAUAACCACAACAUUGCUGACCUCAGUGAUAUGAACAGACCUACAAAGAUCGCAGAAAGAUUUUCGGAGCUUUAUGAUAACCAGUGGACUAACGUAUUUGAAACACUCACAGCUGGUAACAAAAUGGGAGAGAAAGAAGCUAUAAGAUUUUUGCUUGAAACAAUCAAGACGAUUUAUAACACUUGUCGAAAGAAGUCUAUUGAUGGUUACGAUCGUUUGCAAUCUGCUGCAUCUGAAUUUGCAGGAGUUGAUUUAGAAGAGUUAUCACGUGGUUAUGCACAUUGGCUGAAAUUAUUCAAGGAUAGCAGAAAACAUAAUUAUUUGAAGUUUCUAUAUCUACUGGAAGUGACCAUACAAACAGAAUUUGAAGGCUCCGUACAUACUUCUAUUAUUAAUUCUAAAGAUUUCAAGGAAUAUUCGACUCUUGCCACAGAGCUUUGUUGGUUGAUGUGCAUUCAAGAUCCACCCGUCGUCAUGGUUACCGAUUGUCACCAUGGUGAACUGUUUGACAAAAACCUGUUUCGCAUGUACAAGAGGAACGGCGUUAGUUAUUCUUAUCUGGUUUGGCCGGCAUUACUUCUGCACACAGGCGGAGGUAUUUUAAUGAAAGGAGUUGCACAGCCUAAAAAAGGAAUGAAUGCUUUAUUUAACUUAACAAAACACGAUACAAAAGUGCAGCCAGCAAAGUAGCAAUAAGUACUGCAAGAUAAACCUGUUAUGACAUCUUCAUAACGUCAGCGUUUAGGUUUAUUAACGUAUGCUACAUGGACAAACCUUAUUUCACGGGUUGUGUUAAUAAUUUUCUCAUUUAAUCCCAUAAUGUGUAUGGUCUGGUAUCACUUCAUGUUUUCAAUUGGAAUGCUAGGCAUAUUAAUACAAACUAUGGCAGCGUUCCGCGGACAUAAACACGUUAGCGCUUUUUUGCAUCCGAUUGACCAUUAUUAAGAAUUGGUUGAAAUCAAUCCAGUUAAAAUGCCUUUCAUAUUACCUAUCAUCUCACCACUUACCAAUGGCUUGCCUAUGUAAAUGAAACGCUUGUAGUUUAUAAUAUGACAACGUGAAUGGACGCAGUAAACUUGCGUACUAAUUAAAUUUGAAUAUAAAAUUUUACGAAAAAUAAUCAAUGAUUGCUGUGUGCUUUCUGUAAGCACGCUAUACAGUUCCAAGAAUGUUUUCAUUCAUUUAUGUACUAAGUUUGCAUUUUCAUCGCAUGUGAUUUAACUUUAUUCUGCCAUGAACAUGCCUUAAAUAUUAAACACAAUUUAAGCGAAGAGCAGUGUCCGUAAACACUCAAUCAUGGACCCUUGGUUGCUGAUCGAAGAGAGCCGUGUUCUGCAUCUUCAGUUCAAUUCCACAGUUUAAAUUUAAAUGAAUUUUGUGUUCCAAUAAAAUUAUAAUUGUGUAAUAAUUUCAAAUAAUUUCACAAUUUCUAUAUAUGUAUUUUAAAAUGUUUCAAUUUAUGUUCUUAAUACAUAUAAAAUCGUGCAUCUAAAAUAACAGUGGUUGCAUAACAGUAAAUAAACUAACUCAAGUUCGUUUGUGAUCAAAUAGUGUCUUCCUUUCCAAUAGCAUUUUAAGUAUGUUCAGUGAAAUAAACAAAAUAUUAUGUUAAUUUUGAUUAAAUAAUUCGUCUUGCAUACUAUUAAUAAAUACGGCUAAGACUUUAUUAUAAAAUGGUGCAGUAUUGUUUCGAGUAGGUCAUGCAAGUUUUCAAAUAUCUCACUUAUUAUUGUGCAGCGAGGGGCCUGCAAGAAAUGCUCGUUUCAAUCGGUGAUUUAUAUAUUACUCAUUUGUCAAAAUAGUUGUUCAAGACUAUAGAAAAGGCUCAGUAGCCAAUACACUUAAAUCUUUCCAUUAAGGAAAAUAAUGCAGAAAUAAAAGAUUAAGCAACAAAAUAUAACAUAAAGUUCGUAACAUUAAAUGCAACUGGACAACUACAACUUAUUCAUAAACAUGACUAAUCUCCACUGACAGAUAUGUCAGCUAUUUUCGAGGGCAAAUUGUUUGAAAACGUAUAGAUUACUGAGCAAGAAAAACAUUGUGUACCUCUGUUCAAUAAAACGCUUAUACAUAUUUGAGGUUUACAGGAUCGCUACAGAAAUGUGGAAGUAGUUCGUUCCACAAAGUAUAGCCUUAAGGACAAACCGACGGGCCGCAAACUGGACAUAGUCUGAUGUCUGAGUGACUCCAAUAUAUCUAAGCGAAUUUUCUUGUGUAAGGGGGUAUAAAGAAUCUCAAACAAUUGUUGUUGUAUGGUUGGAUCUUAUAAUAUUAAUAAAAACUUUUAAAUGGAGUUAUAAUCUUAAAUCUUAAGGUUUAAUUAUAUUUCGCUUUGUUACGUACAGUCACAUACAACCACGUCGCAAAUAUAACGAGCUUCUUCGGGGUAACCCUUAUACAUGUACAUCUAGGAUUUCAACAAAAGUAGGGUGGAGCAGUAAAGUUUGAUUUGUUUUGUUUUAAAAAUUAAUAGCUCAUGUUUUUAUAUUUUAAUUACAUGUUCUUUAAAUAGACGAGGUAUUAAGGCGUUAUCGUGCAGUUAAAACUUGAUUUCUCUCUCGUGCAAAUUUCUAUGGAAAGAAGUUCGGCUUUGUAUUCGAAGGGACCGCCAUAUCAUGCGUUGUCGAAUGUCUGAGUACAAUUAUUUGCACAACACACGUUUCUUUAACAAACUAAAACGCCCUUUAGUUAUGGCAUGAUGCAUACUUUAGUUUUAAAUUAUUUCUGUUACCAUUUCAAUCACUAUUUCGAUCGUAUGACAAACACACACUGAAAUAACGUGAGAAUUAAACAUAUGGCACUAUAUCCACAAACCAAGUUAUAUCAUCCAACUUUAACAACCUUUUGUUUUAUAUGCUUGAUCAAAAUUUUCACUUUUCAAUUAUUUAAUUUGUUUAAUCUUAUUUUUUGGUUGCACCAGAAGAUGACUAGUUAUACACACUUUUUAUAAAUAAUUUACAAAAUUGAAUUUACCGUCUGUAUAAUUGAAUUGUGUUUUGCUAAAAUUACCUAUAUUCAUUUUGAUAACUGGUUCAUAGAUAUACUAGAUGUUUGGAUUUUAACACACGUAAAAUGUUAUCAUCCAUCUGCACUUUUACAUUGUCACUUCGAUUAUUCUUGUUCAUCCUAGUACAAAGGUCUGAAUAAAGGUCUAAAAUAUAAACUCCAAAUUGUCCAGAACAAGAUAAUCAGAUUUAUAAACGGUUACUCUCCAAGACAUUCUAUUAUUUGGCAGGACUUUGUUCAUCUGAAUAUGUUAAAUGUUAGCUAUAGAGUGAAUCAGCUAAGGCUAAAUCACAGGCAUAAAGUAUAUUAUAAGACAUGUCCUUCAUAUCUUAUGGAAAACUUUGUUAAUAGCUCUAGAGCAACCAAGCAAUUUAAUUUUAUUUUACUUAGUGUCCACAAUACUUCUUGUAAACAAAUCUUAUAUACUGGACCAAGAGACUGGAACUCUCUCCCCGACAAUAUUAAAAGUGUAAAAAAUAUUACUAGGUUCUAUCAAUUAGUAAAAAAGCACUUUCUUGAACAACAAGUAUCUGAAAGUAAAUGUGACUGUUUAUUUAACUAAGACUAUGUUGCAACAAUCAUCUGUGAUAACCUUGUUAAAUUGUGAUAUUGUGCAUUUUCAGAUGAACGCAUAAUCUUAAUAAUCCCGUUGUGUACCAAAAUCUUAUUUGUUAUUUGUUAAUGCUUGUUUGUUCAUAUGAUUAUGUAUCUUUGAAUCACUUUGCUUUUUCAGUGUGUGUUUUAUGGACCCCAUUGAAACCAAGCUUUCAGCUUAAUAGGUUAUCCAUAGGUCCUCAGCAUUCAUGCUCAUAUGAACCUCGUGCAGUUAAAAAUCUUCCGUAUUGUUAAAAAGUAUGCUUACAGUAAUGUUCAGCGUUUUAUUUUAUGCUCUUAAAUUGUGAUUUUUAAAUUAGCCUAGUCUUAAUUCCUUGAAAUCUGUCAUAUACUCUAUGUCUUAUGUGUUAUAUAUGUGUAUGUGCUAUUGACCUUAUAU